AUGAUUUCUCAGCUGUCGCACGUGUUGCAGACCGCGCGCUUCUAUGACGAUUUUCCCCAAGUUGUAGUAUAAUCAGGACGACCAUGUUGUCCCUUAUUGUGCACGUGAGGUCCCUGAAGUACAUGGUGCCCUGUGCCAUGAUGCUGCUGCCUGCCACGCCGUAUUUCCUGACGUCGGCGGCGCUGAAGCUGCUGUCUGCGGCCCUCCCCCGCCGCUGGUACCGCUGGGGUGACGACUUCAUGUACACCGUCUACCAGAGCAUGGUGCUCUUCUUCUUCGAGCACUGCACAGGAGUGGAGGUUGUGUUGUAUGGUGAUGACCCAUCCAAGAUGCCACCUGAAAACAUCAUCUACCUGUCCAACCACCAAUGCACAGUGGACUGGGCAGUGGCAGACAUGUUGGCUGUCAGGCAAGGCAUGCUGGGACACGUCCGCUAUGUCCUGAAAGACGGUCUGCGCUACCUUCCCCUGUAUGGCUGGUACUUCAGACAGCAUGGCUGUGUGUAUGUGAAGAGAGGAGGGAACAAUGAGAAGGCACUUGCCAAACAGAUAAAGGAUCUCAACAAGACUCUUGUACCAACCUACAUGGUGAUAUUUCCUGAGGGCACUCGCUAUAAUCCAGAGAAGAAAAAUGCCAUACAGAAGAGCCAAGGGUUUGCUUAUGUACAUGGGUUGGAGAUUCUUGAACAUGUCUUGACACCGCGGGUAAAAGCAACAGAGCUGUGUUUACGAGCGAUUGGGAACAACGUCACUGCUGUAUACGACAUCACUGUGGCAUACAGCACUCCAGACACCCACGGCCGACCACGUGCACCAGACAUGGCAGACUACCUGAUGGGCCAGAGCAGACAGAUCCAUAUUCACCUGACAAGAAUCCCCCUGCAGGACAUCCCACAGGAACAGGGGGCGCUGCAGGACUGGCUGCAUGGCAGAUUUGUGGAGAAGGACAGGAUGCUCAAAAAGUUCUUCUCUGAUGACCCAGAGGACAGGGGUCAUUUUGAGGGCAAGGGUCGUGUGUCAAAGCUGCCCCUGUGGAAGACCGUGCCAUCCACACUGGUGCUGUGUGCAAUAACACUGCCAUUCCUGGUCACCAAGGGGGGGAGGGAUGCAUACUGGAAGAGCUGCUUAGGCUCCAUUGCAUUUGGAUGGCUGUGGAUGGCUGUAACUGUGUGAUAUUGUGUAAAACUGAUCAAAGGGGAGUCCUGUAGACCUGAUGUAUAGAUUGUAUGUGUGGAAACACACAGUAAUGUGUUCUGGGUCCUUAGAGGACUGUACGUUUGGAAUUACAAUGUAGGUACGUUCACUUUGUUGUGUUGAAACUGUGGCUAGAUGCUACACCAGUAUGCUGGAGAUGACAACCAGGAUGAUGUAUCUGGGUCGUCACUUCGUGAUCAAAGUAUUAAUUAUGUACAUGUAUGUAUAGAGAGUACUGUACCUUAUAAAUUUUAGCCUAACGUUGUUGUAACUACCUUUAUGAAAUGUUUUGAGAAUCUACUCUCCCAGCACACCUCUACAUGUACACAUGUUGUACCUAAUCCUAGCGUCUUGAAUAGUUGUGUUAUAUUUCAAACAAUGUUAUUGUAAUUACUAAAUAUCCCUUGCCCAUCUCUGACAUCGCCCAUGACUGAGAAGAAAAAUGUGGAGAUUUCUAAAUGGCACAGGCUACAGCAGAGUGCAGUUAGGUAUGGUGUACUCUUAUACCAUAGUUAGUUGUCAUCAUAUAUUAUUACAUGUGCAAUCUUUACAAUUAUCUUCUAUGCUUAUGAGAACUUGUGCAAAUGGACUAAUAGAUGAAAAUAACAUGCCUUUCCCAAGGUCACGACUAAUACGUUUCACACAAGCUUCUCUACAAAAUCAUGAAUUAUAAGAUUACUUUAGCUUCACUUUUUAGAAAACUAUCCUGUAUUUAGUAAAAAAAAAUAUUUUUGUGCAGCCACUAAUGUAUAUUUUAUGUACAGUUUUGGUAUCUUUUUUUAUUAAAGUGAACUAUUGCCAUAGUCACAAACUACAGUGUAUGUCAUAGUAGCACUAGUGUUCAUAACUUUAACCAUUAUGAAUUACACAGCAAGAAAGUGUACACAGGCAUCUGAAAUCUGUAGAUAAAGUGACAAUGAUCUAUCUAAAAAAGAUAAACACUCAAGUAUCCACCUACCAACUGGUACCCCCAUUCCCUUUUGGAUGGAAAUCAGUAUUGUAGUUGGAAAAGAUGGUUUUCAACUUGUACUUCAAUGUUCGAACAGGAACCAAUUGUGGAUUGUUGGUAAUUGUCAGUGAUCAUGUAGAUUGUGUUGCUAUAGUAGCAUUUAUUGAUUACACAAUAUGUGAACCUAUGAUUAACAAUUCACAAGUGAUGCUUUAACAGUGAUGCUUUAACAUUGUGAAUCUUUGGCUGGUGCUAUCUUGUUGGUUGGUGUUGUCUUACAAGCUUUACCAUUGUAAUUAAAUACCAGCAUUUUCCUUGUCACGAAGGAAGUAAGUCAUCCAUGAAAUGUGUGAUCAUUUUCUAUUGUCAUUAAUAAGUUUGGUCCAUCUAUAGUACAAGGUUCUCAGUUCAACUUUUUCCUGUAAACCAGACUUUACUUGGUAUGACCUGGAGGAGAAUAUUCCCCCCUCCCCAGAAAACAACAGUUGAGUAGAUGGCACUGUAGAAACAUCUUUAUUAUAUGAUUUUGCUAUGACAACAUAAUAUUGCUUGGUCACCACAUGAUAAAACAUCACACUCUCAACAAUGCAUCAUCACUCAAUCAGCAAGCUAAGAAAAUAUUGUGACUAACAUGUACAAAAACAAUAUUUAUAUCUGUGAGCAGUCUGGCCACUUGGCGACCUUGAAGACCAAAGCUACAGCCAAUACACCAAAAUGCUGCAAGCUGCAUGCUAUUAUGAAUAUUUGUUCACACAACUACCACUGAAAGAUAAAAAGCAAACUGGCUACCUUUACAAAAACAGUUCCAUAAUGUAGUACAGAUGUAGAAGCAACUGUGGGUCAUCUAUGCCAAACUGCAACACAAGUUAAACUAAAGCCAAGUCCAAGUGCCCAUGUCUGAUCUGGAAUUUGAUCUGCAGUGAGCAGAGUCUGAUCUUGAAAAGCAUAUGUCAUUACUUUCACUCUCUCCUAAUUAAUACAUGAAACAUUAUGUAUCGACAAAAAGCAACUAAAGUGCAAAGGUAAUACAAUGUACUGGCAUCACAAAAAAGCUCAGCUGACACAAGUUUUACAUGGGCGUGCAAAGGGCACUUUGAUCUCUGGUCUGUGACAUCACUGCCAUGUGCUAACAUGGCUGCAAGAUUUUUACCUGGCAUUACAUGCAGCCCUAUUGGCAGGCUUUUCAUAAUCUACAUGUAGUGCUAAUACUGCACACCUUGAUAUGUUACAUUUACCAAGCAGUUAUAUGAUGUUAUGUUCACUUAAGAUUUUAUUAUGUACUGCUGUAUAUAUCCCAUUUACCCUCAACCUACCAACAUUCUAAGCAAUAGAAAUUGCUGACGCAUGAUGCAGUGUAAGGGCUAAGCAUUCACUCCUUGACAAGUACAAUAUAGAACAGGCAUUUUCAACAGUUACUGUCCCUUACUGGCCUGGGCUAGCUAGUUGCACAUGUAGCUUACCUAGUACAGGAAUUGGAAUCAGUACAUGUACAGUAUCACAGCAGCAUCACAAGUUCACAACUGAUAGCUGGUGUGUUACGCCGAAAGGCGGUUAUACCGGCUAUACAG